UCCCCACAACCAUGCUUGUCCAUACAUCCAACCAUCUCCUUCCCCAGUCUGACGGGGCUCCAGCCGUUCUAAGCAGCCCAUCGACUAGCUCUUAUAUCCCCGACAUCCCCUACGACGAUUUCACUCGUCCUCGGCAUGACCAGGCGGAUACUAGCACUUCGCAUAUCUAUUCAAGUCGUCGUGACCGUCGCAUGCUCAUUGCGCCUUAUCCUCUUUCCAUCACCACCAGUGCCGGCCCAUCUCAGCUUCAGAACCAAUAUAUUAAGGUUCCGCAAAAUUGUCACCAAGUCCCUCUCCAUUCGCCACGACCAGUCGCAUUCUUUAACACUGCGCAAGCUUUCGACAACGCAGCAUAUAACUCCAACGUUCACUCCUCACUUGCCUUUUCAUCUGGUGCUCAUGGUACAAUACUAGGGUCCUUUCCUAUGCAACCCGAGCCAACGAACCUGAGAGAUGUAGCUUUGGGUGAACUCACAGCGACGCAGAUGGCAUGUUUUUCCAUGCUCUCACGCAAUGUACCCUCGCCCUCGUCGACUCCCUGUGCAUCUGCUUAUGUCGGGUCGAACCAGUCAUGCGACAAUGGACCCUCCUUUGCACAAAUCCAGAUGCCGCAAGUCCCUUCAAUUCCGCGCGUCGCUUCUGCUCAUGCGCUUCCGUCUCUGCCGUCCGACCUUUGUACUUCAGACAAGCCUAAUGGUGCACCGUAUCUUCCCGACGCAAUUCCGCCAGAAAGGUCGCAAUUGCAUAUUAAACCCAGUAGUGCCCUAGCGCCGCCAAGCGACACCUUUCCCACGCCGGUGGAACUCCUCAACGAGCUGUCCCUACUGGACGCAGAAGUGAUACAAAGGGACCGUCGUCGUGCUGAACGCCGUAAGGCACUGCUGACGCAUGAAUCAGAGGCCCUUGGAUUUCCCCCAACCGAUCCGGAUACAAUCUCGACGCACGACAAGAAACGCCUGUAUCUCGACUGUCUUGAGCAAUACGUUGUAUACUUACACAACCAGUUACGUCUUGCUGGUGUUGAACCUGUUCCAGUCGAGCGUGUCUCUUCCGGACGUGGCCUUACUAGUCGCUCGAUUCGAACAAUGAUCGUAUACCUGAAGUCGACUACCGCAAAAUUACACAUACGAAAAGCAGAAGCGGAGACUAAGUAUGCCGAACUGCAGGCGCAGCUUGGCGCAGAUGCUGAUUCAGCGGCGCCAUUUCUUAUGGCAACUACGGACUUCAACUAUGCCAACUUAGGCACACCGAACACGAGUUUGCAACAACUGACUCAGAACGAGAGGCCGGGACCGAAAUCAAGCUCAAGCUCAAGUACUGGUGUGAACGGAAGCAAUGCGACGAAGAUGAAUUCGAGCGGGAUGCGUCGGCACACUAUUGCCACAUCGGGCCAGGCAGAUCUGGCGCCACAAUCAAUGCAAAAUUGCUUUACAGAGACUGCGACUGGAACUGCGACUGGAGCCAGCGCAUACAUUCAGCCUGUGUAUCCCUUCCCCUGAUCCUCAUGCUUCUGCCCUUCCAUUCCGUCGCCCGAGCAUUCCCCGGUCCAGUCAAAAAUUGCUGCUCAUAUUGUCUGAUACUAUUCGUUGCAUGCUUCAAUCAUUCAUUAGCUCUCGUUCGGCAUCAUCUUCUAGCAAUUUAUCACCUUCCUGCGUUCCUUCUGUAUAUUCGUUUAUGCAAGAUCUAUGCUUCCUGUCCACCGUCUCUUCAUGAUAUUCGUGCCGUAUGCUAGACGCCUUACAUUCUGGUAAACGAUU